AUGACGACUUCCAGGCUGAUAGGGCUGAAGUCGGACUGUUUGGUUUGUGGUCGGUUUUUCGGGCCAAGUCAACACGCGGCUCCGUGUGUGCUUUCGGGGACACUCGCGCCGUGUCUCCUUUUCACGUCAGUGUUCUCUUCUUUUUCAUUUCUUUUUCUGGCUUCCAUUUGAACUUUUUCGCAAUAUUCUUUUUACAAAAAUACCGUCUGAAUAUCUUCACCUUAUCUUUUUUCCUUUAUGUUCAACUGCGAGUUUCAAAAUGACGUUAAUCACCGAGAAUGACAUCACUGCUAGAAUGUUGCUGAGUUAAUCAAAUUGCGAAAACCUUUAGUGAUUCACAGAAAAUGAAUUCCAUUUCUGUGGUUAAUCAAGUUCAGUCCGCACUCACUCCAAACAACUUAGACCGAUAUAAAGACUUUUUUACUCCUCUGAUAAGAAUUCAUGCUUCUCAAAGGGUCAAAGACGUCGGCCAGAUCCACGCAAGCCUCUCGGUUGGUUUUUCACGCUCAAUAACUUCUGAAACGAAAUUUGAGGAAAAUAAUAUGGCUCUUGAACGUUAUAUUUGGUGGCACUUUUGCUUUAUGAGCAAAAAAUAGCCUCUGUCCAAUUUCGCAGGUAUUUCGGUUGCCAUGGGCCACAAAAAAUUUUUCUGGAGGCUUCUUCAAAAAAUUUACGGCUUUUCUUCCUAUCAUGACGAACUAUGUAACUAAAAACAUUCCCAUGCCUUUCAAUGCAAUUUUCUUUUAAAAGUGGCGUAUUUCAAGAUUAACCACGUGGGCUUGCCUCUUUUGCGGCUUUUGAGGACAGAGAAAAAAAUUUUUCUCUUUCACAAAAACGCUUCGUUCAUUGAUUUUUUCUGUCGCAACUUUUCAUUCUUUCUUCUGCUCCAGGAAAUACUUCUGAAAAAUCUUGAAAUUUUUAUCUGGAGCUUGUUUCUGUUCCUCACUGUAAUGCCUCUCGUUUCGCCUUUCAAAAUUAUUAUUUUUUUGCAUAAAGUUUUUUUCAAAUAUCGUUCUUCAUGCUCAAUUAAUUCAAUCAAUGUUCUAGAACUAGAAAUGCUUAAUACCAAAAAAUUACCAACAUUUUUCCAUAAAAAUAUAAAAAAAACCUUCUCAUCAUUCAACUAUUCAAAAAGCCUAUGAUGAAAUUUUUUUGAACUGUAAAAUUGCACGAUAAGUUUAUUUCGCUUUAAAAUAUGUAUUUUCUCGAGUGUUUGCUUUUUGCAAUGUUUUGGCGUGGUCUGUUGUUUUGCGCAUACCAGGAAUGGAUGACUCAGAAUCCACUCUUACGUUCUCUCAUCAUUCAACAAGGCUCUCUGCAGAAUGGCGGGUGAGAUCACGGAGGCGGACAGGAAGUUGCUGGCGGAGCUCAGGUCGAGGAUCGGCCGCGAGCUCGAGCUUGUGCCUGCCUACGACGACGACUUCUCUUUGAUGCGCUGGCUCGUCGGCUGGGACCGCAAAGUCGGUGCGAACUUCUUGAAGACGUCGCCAUGACCGUUUUGCCGUUGCAGACGUCGUCGUGCCGAAGAUCAAGUUCUCGCUCAGGGCGAUCCACGCACUCGGACUCGACGCCAUGGACUUGUCCAGCCUCGAAAAAGUCACGGACAAGUGCGACGAGUGCAGUGAGCCUCUCCGAUAUUUGCCGGGUGAUUCAUUCAUUCUUUUCAAUUUUUAUUCACCAAAUUGUUCCAUAUUUCACAAAGUAUCACUUUGAAGUUCAUUUUUAACUGAUAAUUUUUUUUUAUAUCAUUGUUUUUUCCAGGGUCGCUCGUUGGCGUAGACAAAAACAACAACAUUCUUUCACUGCAGAUGAUCGGUUGGUUUUCCCAGUUAGCUGAAAAAAUAGCAAUGAAACACUUUUAUGCACAAAAAAAAAGUAAAAAUAAAGAUUCAUCUUUGAAAUUUUGAAAUUUAGAAAAAGUUUUUUUAGAGUAUAUCAUUCCCUUUCAUUCAACUCUCAUAUCCUUUUUAUCCAAUAUGAGCAAUUUAUUUUUACAUAGUGAAUUUUCCACGACUUGAAUCAGUCUGACCCUACCUAUUUUUUCGUUUUUGAGCCAUUGCCUUUUUGCGCACUGACGAGACAAAAGAGGGCGCAGACAGAUCAGACUGUCGCGUCGUAUGAUUCAGUUGAUGCAUUCUUCAGGUCAUCUAGACGCCGCCGGACUGAUGCCGUGCACAAGAAAUUCUGAUCUCUAUCGCAUGCGAAUCACUGAAAGCGAAGGAGUCAUGCAGAUCAUCCGGUAUCCCAUCUGGAAUUAUCUCAUGUCGCUUCUUGUCUCAGGAGGAUGGAAAAAGAGCACGGCCGGCCGUUCGGAACCUCUGUGAUCUUCGAUCUGGAUGGCCUUUCCAUGUCUCAAAUCGACAUGGCCGCUCUGAAAGUCGUCAUGGCCAUGCUGACGCAGCUCCAGGUUCUCCUAAUUGUCAAUGUUUCCUGAAAACUUUUCUUGAAGGAGAUGUUCCCCGAUGUAAUCAGGAAGAUUUUCGUUGUCAACACGCCGUCGUUCAUCCAGGUGUUCUGGUCGAUGAUCUCGCCCUGUCUGGCCAAACAGACCCAGCAGAAAAUCAGGAUUCUGGGAAACGACUGGAAAGAUGUCCUCAAGGUUUUCUUCGUAAAACGUUGUUUUGAGCAGUGAAAAGAGAACCAAUAGAAGUUUUGAGCUCAAUCAGUGAGGAAAGGUUAUCAGUAAACUAUUUUAUGGCUAAGUUUUCGCAAAAUCUAGUCGGAUAAUCUUUAAAAAAAUCAUCCAACGUUUUUCUUUUUUAAAAUAUAUUUUUUUCUGAAAUUCAGACUUCUUUUUUCAAAAAUAGUCUUUCAGGUCGAGAUAGGCGAAGAGGUUUUGUUCGAGAGAUGGGGCGGCACCCGGAAAUCUGAAACCGAAUACGGUAACGUCAGAAUGGGAGGAAAGAUCCCAGCAGAACUACGGUAGGAUACUGUAUACGACUUAUGUUGUAUGUGGUAUUUUAGAUAUGAUCCAUCCAACGAUUUGCCCGCAGAAAAACUGCAAAGGCUCAAUGUGUCCGCCAGGAACACUGCGUUUGUUCCUAUCACUUUGGAAGGUUCAACUCAUAAAUAUGGAGUAAUUUUUCGUGAUUUAUUCAGGCAAAGUCCCUGGCCGCAAACUGUAUUGGUGGUGGCGACUUGACGCCAAUGACGUCCAUUUCCAAGUUCUCCGAGCUGCACCGGGGCAAGAAAAUGUUUGUUCAAGAACAUUAUUUUUUUGAAAAUCUCACUGAACUUCUUUUUUUUCGAAGGUCUCCGGAAAAAUCUUGAAAAAAUGUCAUAAAAAGUUCUUCAGGUAGCCGAACAUGAUGACGAUUAUAUGGUGGUUCCAAAGUUCAAGCUCCAGACGGAAUUCGUUCCCGAAGAUGGCGAGGUAACGGGUUUUCUCGAUCAAUAUGUUCAUACUAUUUCUUUUACAAAACCAAUUUUUUUUGAGGUUUUGGCGGAAGAACCCGGUGUGUACAAAUUCGUCUUCGAUAACACGCACAGCAAGCUGCGAUCCAAGACUAUUAAAUAUUUCAUCGAGACGCGAUAG